AUGUGCACUUUCAAGACUUUCGCGAUCGAGGUGGAGACGGCGCGUCUUUGCAGACCGAAGCGGAGACGAUGCGACCAAGGUUAUAUAGACGGAUACGAUGCACAGUACUAUGGAUACCUGUGUUCUGAGAUAUUGCUUAUAACGUGUAUAAGUCUGACGUUAAUGUUCGUGAAUAAAACUAAUGACCUCGAAUCAAGACUCAACAAACUAGAGACUGCAAAAACAGAAGCUGACCUGGAAGCUCAAGUUUACUCUCUGGGUGAACGUUUGCAAUCUUUUGAGGAGACGGAUAUCAUUUUCCAGAGACGAGAUCAAUUUGAUAUCGAUUUUGCGAAACCUUUUUCUGAGUACGAGAAUGGUUUCAGAGGCUCAAGUCCAAAAUCGGAUUUUUGGCUGGGCCUGAAAACAAUGCAUAAUUUGACCAGAGAGGGGAAAUGGAAUCUGAAAGUUUGGAUGCGAGACUACAGCACCAACGAAGUUUUCUGGGGCGUGUGGGAAGAUUUCAAUAUCGGUGUUGCCCCUUUUUAUCGCCUAUCGUUCGGAGGAUUGGUGACAGGUAAAAGCUCGGGCAAUCCAGAAAGCUUGAGUUAUCAUAACGGAAGGGCUUUUACUACUACUGACAUGGAUCAAGAUCUUUCCGUUAACGCCAACUGCGCUGAAUUGUACGGUAGGGGUGGUUGGUGGUACAAUGAAUGUCACUAUUAUAACCUGAAUGGAGCACAGACUACUUCAGCCACGUAUAAUCCUGCACAGAUGGUGUUUCUUAAAGCUGGAGCCAGGCGAAUGAUUUCAUCUAGUGAGAUGAGAAUGAUACGUAUUGGAUAA